AUGCAUCUCCAGCCCACCGUACGCCUUCAAGACGCUCAAUGGUUCUACCAAGUCAAUGCUGAUCAAGACUCAGCGCCAAACACACGCAAAGCCCGGCAGGCGACUGCUCUCAAGCAGAUCACCUCGCUUCAGAACCGCCGCAUCCAGCCUGGCGCACUCGCUCGAGGCUCUUUUCCAAGCGGUCAGAUGGCACGACGAGCCCCCCGCUCGCCCUCCACUCCGCUCACCAAGGAUGGCUUCAUCUCCGAAGACAACGCCCCAGCCGAUGCGCAGCCAGACGCAAACCCCCGCUUCGCCCGCAACACAGCACGCCCAACGACGACCCGCGGCUCGACCCCUCCCCAGGGCCAGAUGGUCCGCGCCCCCUCCACACUGCGUGUAACCCGUCAAACAGUUGACGGCCCUGUUCGUGGCCCCGCUCGUGGACCCAACGUGCGUGGCCCCAAUCUACGCGGUCGAGAAGGCGGACGACCAGGACCAGGUGGAAAGCGCGCUGGUGGUGCGCGAGGCAACAACCGUGGUGACGGAGGACCUCAGAAGCGGAAGAAGGGCGCUGGUGGCGAAGAAUCGAUGCCCACUUCCCUUGCGGACGUGAAGAUUGAGGAAACCGUCUCAACGAGCAUGCAGCAACAGCUCUUGCGUCUGCAAAGGAAGGAGUGGGACCGCGUGCCUUACGAGCCCAAGUAUGCCAAGGGCAGUUUUGCCGCCAAUGAGUUGAUACACGCUGGAAGGGAGCUGUUCAAGGGCGAGGCCCCACCAGUCAAGUUUUGGGGACCUCUUGAGCACAGAAUCGGCGUUGUGGGCAUGUUUGGAGCGGAGGCGACUUUGAAGGUUCGCAGAGUGCCCGAUGGCGAUGCAGAGCCAUUUGGACAGGAGGUACUCGAGCAGGAAGGGCCAGUCGAGGCCAAAGGUGCGGAGAAGAAGCAGGCUGUAGCACGAUAG